CCAAACUGAGCUUGUUAGUAAAUUGUUAUGGAAAACAGUUUGUGGAAAAUGAGUUCGACUACUCCGUUGGCUACGUUAAUUUAGAAAUUAGCUAAUGGCAUGUCCAUGUAGACAGAAAAGUACAAGAAUCUUGCAACCCAUAUUCUAUACUGCCAGAAAGGAAACGAGCUAACGUUAUCUAGCUGUAAUAUUUUGCACGGGAGCAUCUUUGGCCCGGUAUUCAUUUAUACUUAACAUUGGACGAACACGAGUACGGACAACAGAAAUUGUGUCUAGCUGCAGUGGUGUAUCGGUUAGACUAGAUAGGUUAACCCAAAAGCAGGCAGAGCUGCCAGAAUCCAGAGCCAAGAAGCAGAGAGCCAAGCCAGGCUGAGCCAAACUGUAUUGGACUGACCCCAGGCAAAGGGACAGUGCCCGGGGCUAGAGGAGUAGAGCAGACUGAAGAAGGGAAGCUGUGAGGAAAGGCAAAGGGGGAUCUGUGAUUGUACUGGGCAGAGCUGUGGGGUUGGAGCUGACAUGGCCGGGUUCCUGGAUAACUUCCGGUGGCCGGAGUGCGAAUGCAUCGACUGGGCAGAGAGGCGCAACACCGUGGCCUCCAUUGUCGCUGGAGUGCUGUUCUUCACUGGCUGGUGGAUCAUGAUAGACGCUGCAGUGUCUUAUCCGAAGCCGGAGGAUCUGAACCACGCAUUUCACACGUGCGGCGUCUUCUCCACGCUGGCCUUCUUCAUGAUUAAUGCUGUUUCCAAUGGCCAGGUUCGGGGGGAUACCUAUGGAGAGGGCUGCUUUGGCCGGACAGGGGCACGUCUCUGGCUCUUCAUUGGCUUCAUGAUGAUGUUUGGCUCUCUCAUCGCCUCUAUGUGGAUCCUUUUUGGGGCCUACGUUGCAUCUUCAGCACCCAGUAAGUCUGUGUGCCUGCCUGGGCUUGCAGUGUUUUUUCAGAACGCCUUGAUAUUUUUCAGCACACUAAUCUACAAGUUUGGGAGGACAGAGGACCUGUGGGGCUAGAGCAGCUGCCUCUACCAAGAUUUUUCAACAUCCACUCUGCCCCUCUACUCCCCUCCUCCAACCUCUUCUCCCCUCCUCUUCUCUUGUGUUGAUCUAACUUACCCCUCCCUGGACUCACCUGCAUGGACUGAGUUCUGGGGCCAGAUGUUCUUGUGGAUGCCACUGCAGGUGUUUCAGUGGACCAAUUUCUCUUGACACUGUGGACCAAUCCCCCACCGGCCAAGUACCUCAGACAUGUGCCACCACCAUUCAAACUAACACCUGUGCCCCCAGGGCAUCAGCCGAAAUGCCAAACCCAAAAAAAAAAAAAAUAGUUUUUGCGCUAUGUUCAUACAACAGCACUGUUACUCUGAGAAAAAGCAAAGCUUAGUGCGUAUUUUAUUAAUAAUAAAAUAAUAUAUAUGGCAAUUUACGGAAUGAAAUUAAAGGGAAACAUGGAGUGCAACAUUCUGUGUUAUGCUGUAGAGGAACAGAUUUAGAUAUUUUUAAGUAUUAAAUAAGUGACUACGAAGUGAGAAGGUAGUGAACUGUUCCAUACUACUGGACCUCUGCCUGAGUGAAAAUUUGGCAAGUCUGGCUCCAUAAAAACGUCUAUGUAGAAGAUCAAAA